AGGUUCAUUCGCGUUGGAUUGAAGCCUUUCCUAAUUGAGGUCUUCCGGAAAGAAACCAUGUUGGUGCUCGUCGGAUAACAAAUACACACGCACAGAGCUGCUGCAUAAGAGAGGAAAAUACAGAAACUGAGGAAUCAGAUACAAAGAAAACAAACAGAGUGUCACCCGAGAAAGCAAAUUUCAGUCCACAAAUACAAACACUCACUGUUAUUUGGAUGAUAAGAUUUGGGGUGUGAAACAGACACACGGUCAUGGCAGAGGGGACAGAAGUUGAGGAACGGGUGGAUCUUGAUGAAGACAAUUACAUAGAAGAAAUGGACGAUGAUGUUGAAGAUCAACUAGAUGAUGAUGCGGAAGAUGAUAAUGGAGAUGCGCGUGCUGAAGAAAUUGCUGAAGAGGACUAUGAGGACCCAAAAACUGGGGUUAGUCGGAAAGAUCAUCCACCAGAAAUGGAUAGCAGCCACAGCAAUGCAGAACCUCUUGAAGAUGAAGAAAAACCAACUGCUUCUGUCAAUGAAGAGGAAAAAGAGAAGCAUGUUCAACUUCUUGCCCUUCCACCCCAUGGUUCGGAAGUUUUCAUUGGUGGGCUUCCAAAGGAUGCAUUAGAAGAUGAUUUGAGGGAUCUAUGUGAACCAAUAGGCGAAAUUUUUGAGAUAAGACUAAUGAAAGAUAAGGACUCUGGUGAAAGCAAGGGCUUUGCUUUUGUUGCCUUUAAAUCAAAAGAGGUUGCUCAAAAUGCCAUUGAAGAGCUUCAUAGUAAGGAGCUCAAGGGUAAAACCUUAAGAUGUUCUCUUUCUGAAACCAAGAACAGAUUGUUUAUUGGUAACGUUCCAAAGAGCUGGACAGAGGAUGAAUUUAGAAAAGUCAUUGAGGAGGUUGGUCCUGGGGCAGAAGUGAUUGAGCUAAUAAAGGAUCCUCAAAAUUCAGCCCGUAAUCGUGGUUUUGCUUUUAUAUUGUAUUACAAUAAUGCAUGUGCUGAUUAUUCAAGGCAGAAAAUGUUAGAUGCAAAUUUUAAGCUGGAUGGAAAUACCCCAACUGUUAGCUGGGCUGAUCCAAAGGGCACGCCUGAUCAUUCUGCUGCUGCUGCCCAGGUUAAGGCUUUGUAUGUAAAGAACAUACCUGAGAACACCAGUACUGAGCAACUAAAGGAACUAUUCCAGCGCCACGGGGAUGUGACAAAAGUUGUUAUGCCACCUGGCAAAGCUGGAAAGCGGGAUUUUGGGUUCAUUCAUUAUGCUGAAAGAUCAAGUGCAUUGAAGGCUAUCAAAGAUAAUGAAAAAUAUGAAAUUGACGGCCAAGUGCUGGAGGUUGUCCUUGCCAAGCCACAGGCUGAUAAAAAACCUGAUGGAGUUUAUCCUUACACGGCUGGGCUUCAACCAAACCAUCUGACACAUCCUUCAUAUGGUGGGUUUGCUGGAAGUCCAUAUGGCUCUGCUAGUGCUGGAUUUGGUGUUUCUGCCAGUUUUCAGCAGCCGGUUAUAUAUGGAAGGGGUCCAAUGCCAGCCGGAAUGCAUAUGGUGCCCAUGGUUCUACCAGAUGGUCGAAUAGGCUAUGUUCUUCAGCAACCUGGUGUACAGAUGCCACAGCCGCGGCCUAGGAGAGCUGAUCGGAACAAUGGUCCAAGUGGGCCUGCACGAGGUGGAAGUAGUGGGGAUGAUGGCAAUCGUAGCAGAAGGUAUCGCCCCUAUUAGUGGUAGAGAUGUAGAGAUGUGUCAUAGUUUUGGGCAGGGAAUCAAGAUCCAUUUAAUUGGAUGACUUGUUGCGGUGAAAAAAAUAACAGAGCCUCCCCCCCACCCCUCCCUACUUUCUCAUUCUUCUUCUCCACCCCCAAAACUCUAUAAAUUAAAAAAAUGAAAAAAAAAAAAGAAUGGAAAGAAGAAGAAAAAAGAUGCUAGAAUUAGGAAGAUGGAAGUAUUGUGACUUGGAAUGUGGUAGGAGACAAUUGACAAUAUUUCUCUUUAUAUUAAUGGUUUAUUUAUUGGCGUUGCCUUGCCGCAGCCAGAA